UCUAGGCAGCAAACACGCUUCCUGUCUGUGUACAGCUCUGCUUCAGCUACUGUUUGCCUUGAUCAGAGGAUAUUCAACUCCACAGUCUUCUUUUGUGAUAUACACCAGACCUCCUCAUAUAUCAACCUAAGACAAUGCCCCGUGGGGAGAUUUGGUUGCCUGAGGAACUGAAAGUCCUUUUCAAGGUGGUGCAAGACUCAUGUGACCUGGACAUCCUUAUGUCCUCACGCCAUGCCAACGCUGUGGAGUGGGAGCCCAUUUCCCGGGAGAUUGUGCGAUAUGGCUUCAGGCGAACCUGGCAGCAGUGCCGCGCUAAGUGGAAAGCUCUGCGCAGAGCCUUUCACCUGGAGAACGAGCACAAGCUCCUUCAUGGCACCCACUCAGACAAGAGACCACCCAGCUACAGUAUCAUGCUGAAGAUGUGGCAAAAGGCGGGGCGGCCCGUAUUCCGUGACCAGCACAUGCUCCGCACGCGUAAUAACCACAGAUACACAGCACCGCGCAUCAUCAGCACUGUUCUCUGUUCCAACAACAAAUUACUGUCUGUAGUGCCGGUACAGGAGGUGUACAUGGAUGAUGAUGACAUCAAGCCGGUGAUCCUUGAUGAUGACUUUGGCAGUUCAGACUCCAACGUGGACUCUUCCCCCCUUGUUUGUGCUACUUUAGAUCACGUGGUUUUAGAGGAGGAUGAGGAAGAUGUGAAGCCUGUAAUCCUUCAUCACAUUCCCGACACAUCGCGGUCUGAUACCGAAUCGUCACCUGAUAAAUCUCAGGAGCUGCAGCUGUUGGAAAAGUUAGUGAUGCAGCAGAAAGAAAUCAUAACCCGUUUGGAUUAUCUGAACCAUAACCUUGUGCAGAUGGCAAACUUGCAUUACCAGCACCUGGCAAGCUCUGCAGACACAGCCAGAAAUGGGAACCAAGACUCUGCCUUUGCCGAGAACCCUCCAGCUUCUUUUCCUCCCAAGUUCAUGACAUUUUCACCUACUACGUCAUCUGAGUCAUCAGGAUACACAGCCUAUAUAUCUGACCCACAGGCCCCUGCGUCUUUUAUCACACAGGUUCCUACCUCUGGUGUCCAACCAUUCCAGAUUCCAGCCUCGUACCUUUCACCUGCACAACACGCGGGCACGUAUAUGUCUUUAUCACACAUGCCGUCGACGUUCUACGUGCCAGCUACCAAAAACAGUUCCACCUUUCUACCAACGCCUUCCCUUUCUCAGUCAGCAGAUCAUAUGCUAGUUAAUAACAAUGCCAGAAAUUCUGCUAGCUGAGUUGUUUGACUUUCCUCCUUGGUUUCAGCAUUUUAUAUUCUAAAUAAUCAUGUCCAUUCCUUUGGGGAAAAAAUUAUAAACAUGUUCCAUUUUAUAUGUCUAUUUAUAUAUUUAUUAAAGUAUUCAGUCAAACCAAAGUUAUGUUAUAUGACUGGAUAACAA